AUCACGCAUCCUCUCCUCUCCUGCCAUUUUUGUGCUACUGGCUAACUUGCUAAUCAAGGGGUCUCCAUCGGCAGGAGGCGGAGAAGACUGCAGGCGGCAGAGAGAAGCAGUCAAAUCAAAGGAUCUGAGUCUUCCCUGGAGAAUCGGGGAGUUCCCGCACACAGGAAGCUGUUGUUAGAAAGGCUACACGAUGUCCGAUUUUGACAGCAACCCGUUCGCAGACCCGGAUUUCAGCAAUCCUUUUCAGGAUCCUUCGGUGACCCAGGUGACACGAUCUGCCCCUCCUGGUGGUCUGGAGGAGUAUAACCCCUUCACAGACGCCAGAACGGCAGCCCCAAGAAGUGCCCCCAAAUCUACUCCCGCACCUUCCCAGAACACACAACCUGCCAUCAUGAAGCCCACAGAAGAGCCACCGGCUUACUCACAGCAACAGACUCAACAGCGUAAUGAGGACCAAGCACGUGCUCAGGCUGAGUUGUUGAGAAGGCAGGAGGAGUUGGAGAAGAAAGCAGCAGAGCUUGAUCGUCGAGAGAGAGAGUUACAGUCCCACGGAGCCGCAGGAGGGCGUAAGAACAACUGGCCUCCACUGCCGGAGAAGUUCCCUGUUGGCCCAUGUUUCUACCACGAUAUUGCAGUUGACAUUCCUGUAGAGUUCCAGAAGACCGUAAAGAUUAUGUACAACCUUUGGAUGUUCCAUGCAGGCACGCUCUUUGUGAACAUGUUUGGCUGCUUGGCCUGGUUCUGUGUGGAUGCAUCUCGUGGUGUAGAUUUUGGCCUAGCCAUGCUCUGGUUUCUGCUUUUUACCCCCUGUUCUUUCGUCUGCUGGUACAGACCACUUUAUGGGGCUUUCAGGAGCGACAGUUCAUUCCGCUUCUUUGUCUUCUUCUUCGUCUACAUCUGUCAGUUCGGAGUUCAUGUUCUACAAACCAUUGGCAUUACGGGUUGGGGAACAUGCGGUUGGAUUGCAGCUCUAACUGGUCUGAACACCAGUAUCCCAGUAGGGAUCAUCAUGCUGCUCAUCGCAGCCCUCUUCACUGCGCUGUCUGUGGGCUCGCUCAUUAUGUUUAAAAAGGUGCAUGCACUGUAUCGCACCACUGGUGCUAGUUUUGAGAAGGCUCAGCAGGAGUUUGCAACUGGGGUCAUGUCUAACAAGACCGUUCAGACUGCAGCUGCCAACGCUGCAGCCAAUGCUGCAUCCAAUGCUGCUCGCGGGGCCUUCAAAGCUCAUCCAUAAACACGUGUGGUUCACAUGCUCAGUGCUCACACAAACACAUAUACACUCAUACACAUACACACUGACAACAUGAAGAUGCACAACUCUGACCCUGCUGGUCCUCAGAUCAAAUUGAUAUUUAUGAAUGUUUGCCCUGCACCUACACGCUUUGCUUAAAAAGUGUGACGCAAAAUAACCAACAAGUGGCCAGAGUUGUCCAUCUUCACUUUAAAUCAUAUAUCAGCUUUCCUACAUCCACCCGGUUAGCUUUUCAGUCAGGUGACUAUCUGCUCACAUCCCACAAAACAUCCACCAAGUGACUCGAGGUGUGCUCUGACUGUGUGAGAUUUCAUCCCACGCACUUACACACUCCUUUCCUUUCCUUGUCCGUCUGUCCCCUCAAGGUGAUCUUAGGUCAGGUAAGGGUCACAGUUCUAGCAUACCUUAUUUUUGUGAGGGUGAUGGCCUCCAAAUAGCUUCUUGCCUGAUAAAUGAAAAGUGAUCUGAUCAUGGUGUUUUGCACAGUUUGGUUUUGUUGCCCAUAUACUGAAAAUGGCUGGGCCUCUGUGCAAAUGUCUGCUUCACUUUAAGAAAAUUGUGGCUCUGACUCUUUUUUUUUUUAUUAUUCUUUUUUUUAAUAAUCCAGUACUUGGUCAUUAAGCUCUGAAAGGUAAAUUGUACCUUGUCCUAUAUCUGUGCUUCUGUUGUGAGACAAGUACCAUUCUUACUAUGGUAAAAGGAAAAAAAAAAUCAUAUGAAUAGGAAUAUGUCUGUAUGUUCUUAUUUAAGGACCUGCCCCUAACGACACCUGCCAGUUGAACAAUUACUCCUGCUCUGUGUGCUACUUCGAUUGACAACGUGGGCUGGUUCAGCAUCUGUAGAUUUGACAGCAUGAUAGCAGCAUGCAUGUUUAGCACACCCAAGGUAGCUAAGUCUUUGGCAAAGUCAUUCUAUCCACUUCCUUUUGUUUCCAGCUACAGGUGGCUGGUUUUGGGUGAAUGUCCGCCUACUUAUUUUCCCUCAGUUUUCUGGGAGGACUGUUUGCAUGUCCCGGGGGCUGCCUGACUGAAGACGACGGUUAAAAUUUUCAUGGUUCAGUGCACUAAAUGGGGAAAGAAAACUGGAAAUACUUGCUUUUUCCUUUAUGUGUGUAUUACCGCAGAAACUAUGUGGUCCUCAUUUGUUUUUGUAGCUCUUCAUACUCAAAAACUAACGCUGCUAUGAAUCUGAGAGGGGCUCUGUCGUGGCCUCCCAUUGUCGUAUUUCCUGUUGAAAAGGACGCAUACCAUUCAUAGGGAUUUGACCUGCCUUUUUCUCGCAGAAGAAUCACUGUCCAUGGUCCUGGAUAAAGUGAUGAAACUACCAUUUUUUUUUCCUGAGAUUAACCUGCAAACAUAAACUUGUAAAAACACUCACACUGUGCAUAUGUACACCACAUAGGCUAACACUCUUUUUUUUUUCUCUGUCAGUAACGGAUUACUGGCAUUUGAAGUUUUAUAGCCAAAAUAAGCAGUAAUAUAACAGAAGAUUGGACUUUUGGUGACGUCACUAUGAUACACUAAUUUAUAUACAAUAAUAACAGUGUUAUUCAGCACCAAGUUGUACAGACUACUGUCACUGAUGUGAAAUAUGGACGUGGGUUUUAUUUCUUUUGGGGUUUUUUUGUACUUUAGCACAUCUCAUAGUGGUGGUGACUAUGUGAAGAUGUGCAUGGUAGAUGAUGGGUGAUGACUGGCACUGCUGUUAUUAAAAAUGUAUAGCAUGAACUUUAUAGUGGACAAAAUACUGUCAGUGGUAGUUAGCUGAGGGUCGGUGAUUUGUCCUGAAAGAAUAAGCUUACAUCUCAGCAGUAUUGUUUUGGUUUGGUUCAUUGCACAUUUCUUGUUUUAUGUUGAACUUAGCCCAAGAGAAAAACACGUUUUUAUUUAUGGUGUAAUUUAAGCUGUUUUUAAUUUUGUUUUAUUUGGAUUUUUUUUGUUUGUUUGUUUGUGUGGUUUUGUAAUGAUACAGUCAUAGCAUCGGCUAGAUUUAAAAAGUUUUAAAAAGGUGUUCAGUGACUUUGCAACUUGACCUUGUAAGAGGUGUGCUUGUUGUAUGAGGAUGUGUGUAUAUGAUGGGUAUGAAAGAGUAAAAAAAAAAAAAUCUCCAAGUGUCAUUCUGUGUCCUGAAAAGCUGUGAGAAAUCUACCAAAUGUCCAUAAAGAUUUGUUUUCAAAUCUGUUUGUGAUGCAAUUCCUUCCCAUGUUUUACUUUGAGGUAUUAUUUUUUCUUACAUACAUCCACGUGAUUCCCAUGUAUCUAUAGUUUUAAUCAGUUGUUUGAUGAAGCCAUGCCGCAGUUGGUAAUUUCUUGAUGUAUUUGAUGAGCUGGUCAGCAGUACGGGACAACAUGUUUGAAGUUUGCUAACAGGAAACUGUGUUUUUGGCCUGUGACCAUGUUCUUUCACUGAAUCAGAGAGAAAAAAUAAACUCAUCUAAAAGGGACACUUGUAUAUUUUGUAAAGUUGAAAAAUUGAUCCCCAUUAUCAAUCAUGUGUAAAAAGAAGUAAUGCACUCUUGUCUGGCCUUUGUCGCAUGUGAAAUAGUUUGAGUUUUGUAUAUUUAUGGUAUUAA